AUGUCUUCCACCGUCUGCCAUGGCAUGCACAACGGUAUCAUCCAGAACAUCCAAGCUGACCUCGCCUGCGGCGUCACCAACUCCACGCAUCCCCACGUAACCUGCUGCGUCAACGGCGACUACUGCCUCAGCAAUUCCAUCUGUGUCAACACCCACAACGAGGAUUACUAUUAUGCAGCCGACUGCACGGAUGAGACUCUCAUGGAUCCGGCCUGCGGGACGCGAUGCGGCGGCCGCAACAAUGCGCGCAUCACCUACACAGAAGCAGGCCUCUGGGCAUGCUGCGAGAACUCCUCGGGGACGGUGAACUGCUCCAACCCGUCGGACGAGAUGUGGGCCGGCCCUGCGCCGUCGAAGCUCGCGACCAUCCAGUACCUUCCGUCCACAGCCUCCGGCACGCCCACCUACGCGGUCGCGACGGCCACCUCCACCGUUUCAUCGGCCACCAGUACAGCAGAAGCAUCGGCCCAAUCGCAUACGGGUAGCUCAUCGAGCCUUGGGGCCGGGGCGGCCGCUGGGAUUGGGGUGGGGACGGCGGCGGGGGUGAUUGCCGUCGCGGCGGUUGUUGCGUUUCUGUGCUUGCGGAGGCGGAGGUCAGCUUCGCCGGAUGGCGUGCACGGGUAUAAUGGGCUUCACAAUGAGGGGUGGACGCCGCAGCCGACGGAGAUGCAGGCGCGGCCGAUCUAUGAGCUUGCGCGGGAGGCGCCGCAUAUUGAGCUGGAGGCGCAGCAGCCCAAGUCGGUAUAG